CAGACCUUACUAUCUCAAAGGCAGAGCAGCCCAGUGUGACAUGAGUAGCAUUUCUGACUUUGUACAUUAUACUACUGUAUGACUGGGUGCAUAUGCUGAUACACAAAGCUCCCAUAAGUGUGCAACACUCCACCUCUGGAUCAGAUCAUUGUACAGCAGGACAGCAGCAGAACUUUCUGGCCCAGUCAUUCAUUUGUUGUGCCAACAUCUGCUCAUUGCCACUGACUUUGGACUGAAUCAGCACCCAACUGGACAUGAUGCUCCUGCAUUUGGGAGGGGCCAAGAGGAUCCUGGUCAUCAGGAGGGUGGGUCUGUUCUGUCGUUCUGCCCACUUGUCUCCCCAAUGUCUGGAGUACCAACCAAUCAAAAAGGUCAUGGUGGCAAACAGAGGUGAAAUAGCCACCCGGGUGUUUCGGGCAUGCACAGAGCUGGGGAUCCGGACAGUGGCUGUAUAUUCAGAGCAAGACACAGGACAGAUGCACAGGCAGAAAGCAGACGAGGCAUACCUGAUUGGCAAAGGCCUGUCUCCUGUUGCAGCCUACCUCCAUAUCCCUGACAUUAUCAAAGUGGCUAAGGAAAAUAAUGUGGAUGCAAUCCACCCUGGUUAUGGGUUUUUAUCAGAGCGUGCAGACUUUGCCCAAGCCUGUGCCGAUGCAGGGGUGAGAUUCAUUGGUCCUUCCCCAGAGGUUGUGCGCAAGAUGGGGGACAAAGUGGAAGCCCGUGCCCUGGCCAUACAAGCAGGUGUCCCAGUGGUUUCAGGGACAGACUCUCCCAUCUCCUCUCUGCAAGAGGCUCGGGAGUUUGCUAAAAUAUACGACUUUCCCAUCAUCUUCAAAGCUGCAUAUGGAGGAGGAGGCCGUGGCAUGAGGGUGGUCAGAGAUUAUGAGGAAUUAGAGGAGAAUUAUCAGAGAGCUUACUCAGAGGCUCUGGCUGCAUUUGGCAAUGGUGCUCUCUUUGUUGAAAAGUUCAUUGAGAAACCACGACACAUUGAAGUGCAAAUUCUUGGUGAUAAAUACGGAAACGUUAUUCAUCUGUAUGAGAGGGACUGCUCUAUCCAGAGAAGACAUCAGAAAGUUGUGGAGAUCGCUCCUGCUGCUCAGCUAGAUCCUCAGAUCAGAGACAGUCUGACCUCUGACUCGGUCAUCUUGGCUAAGCAGGUGGGCUAUGAGAACGCUGGCACAGUGGAGUUCCUGGUUGACAAACAUGGAAAGCACUACUUCAUCGAGGUCAACUCCCGCCUACAGGUGGAACAUACUGUUACUGAGGAGAUAACUGAUGUGGAUUUGGUUCAUGCCCAGCUGCGUAUAUGUGAGGGCCGCAGUCUUCCUGAGCUGGGUCUUGGACAAGACAAGAUUCGCAUCAAUGGCUGUGCCAUUCAGUGCCGGGUCACCACAGAAGACCCCUCCCGUGGUUUUCAACCAGACACAGGUCGCAUAGAGGUGUUUCGCAGUGGAGAAGGAAUGGGCAUUCGUCUGGACAGUGCCUCUGCUUUUCAGGGGGCCGUCAUUUCCCCUCAUUAUGACUCGCUGCUGGUUAAAGUCAUAGCCAGUGGCAAGGACCUCCCCACCGCUGCAACCAAAAUGCACAGGGCGCUCACAGAGUUCAGAGUCCGUGGUGUUAAGACUAAUAUCCCCUUCCUACAGAAUGUAUUGAGUAAUAGCCAGUUCCUCUACCGCACAGUAGACACCCAGUUCAUUGAUGAGAACCAGGAGUUGUUCAACCUAAAACCAACACAGAACAGAGCUCAGAAACUACUGCACUAUCUGGGUCACAUAAUGGUAAAUGGGCCCAUGACUCCUAUUCCAGUAAAAUGCAAACCUUCAUCCAUUGAUCCAGUCGUUCCUCCUGUUCCUCUGGGUGAGCCACCCAUGGGCUUCCGUGAGGUCCUGUUGAAGGAGGGUCCUGAGGGUUUCGCACGGGCAGCUCGAAAGCACCAGGGUCUACUACUGAUGGACACCACCUUCAGAGAUGCCCACCAGUCCCUACUGGCCACUCGCGUCAGGACACAUGACCUCAAGAAGAUCGCUCCCUUCGUGACCCACAACUUCAAUAAUCUCUUUAGCCUGGAGAACUGGGGAGGAGCUACAUUUGAUGUAGCAAUGCGUUUUCUGUGGGAGUGUCCAUGGAAGAGACUCCAAGAGCUCAGAGCUCUGAUACCCAACGUCCCAUUUCAAAUGCUUCUACGUGGAGCCAAUGCUGUGGGAUAUACCAACUACCCUGAUAAUGCUGUGUUCAAAUUCUGUGAGGUAGCCAAAGAGAAUGGCAUGGAUAUCUUUCGUGUUUUUGACUCUCUGAAUUACAUUCCCAACAUGCUUUUGGGUAUGGAAGCAGCAGGCUCAGCAGGGGGCGUGGUGGAGGCUGCCAUUUCUUACACUGGGGAUGUUUCUGACCCCAUGAGACAGAAAUACUCACUGGAGUAUUAUCUGGAGCUGGCCAAUGAGUUGGUCAAGGCUGGAACACACAUAUUGGCCAUUAAGGAUAUGGCUGGCCUGCUGAAGCCUGAAGCAAGCCGCUUACUGAUCGGAGCAUUACGGGACCGUUUUCCAGAUGUCCCCAUCCAUGUUCACUCUCAUGACACGGCUGGCGCAGGCGUGGCAGCUAUGCUAGCCUGUGCGGAAGCAGGCGCUGAUAUAGUAGAUGUAGCGGUAGACUCAAUGGCCGGCAUGACCUCACAACCAAGCAUGGGUGCCAUUGUAGCUUGCACCAAAGGAACCAAACUUGAUACUGGUGUUUCUCUGGACAAGGUCUUUGACUACAGCGAGUACUGGGAAGUGGCUCGUGGUCUGUAUGCACCCUUCGACUGCACUGCCACCAUGAAGUCUGGUAAUGCAGAUGUUUAUGAAAAUGAGAUCCCAGGGGGCCAGUACACCAACCUUCACUUCCAGGCCCACAGCAUGGGCCUCGGUAACAAGUUCAAAGAGGUGAAGAAAGCUUACGCUGAAGCCAACAAACUGCUGGGGGAUCUCAUUAAAGUGACCCCCUCCUCUAAGAUUGUGGGUGAUCUGGCUCAGUUUAUGGUUCAGAACUCUCUUUCUAGGGCUGAAGUGGAAGAGAGAGCAGAUGAGCUCUCCUUCCCUCUUUCUGUUGUGGAGUUCCUACAAGGACAUAUUGGAAUACCACACGGAGACUUUCCUGAGCCCUUCAGGUCAAAGGUGUUGAAGUCUUUACCACGAAUUGAAGGACGUCCAGGGGCUUCACUUCCACCAAUGGAUUUCAAGGCUCUUGAGUCUGGUCUGCGAACUGCACAUGGUAGUGACAUCACCCCUGAAGAUGUGAUGUCGUCAGCCAUGUACCCUAAGGUCUUCCAAGAAUUCAAAGAGUUCACAUCAAGCUUUGGUCCUGUGGACUGCCUUAGUACUCGCCUGUUUCUGGAUGGCCCCAAAAUCGCAGAGGAGUUUCAGGUUGAGUUGGAGAGAGGGAAAACGUUGCAUAUCAAAGCCUUGGCUUUGGGUGACUUGAACAAGUCUGGUCAGAGAGAGGUGUUUUUUGAACUCAAUGGCCAGCUGCGUUCUGUCUUGGUCAAGGAUACAGCUGCAAUGAAGGAGAUGCACUUCCACCCUAAAGCCUUGAAAGAUGUUCGGGGACAGGUUGGAGCUCCCAUGCCCGGUAAAGUGGUGGAAGUAAAGGUGAAGCAGGGUCAGAAGGUGGAGAAAGGUCAGCCGCUCUGCGUCCUCAGCGCCAUGAAAAUGGAGACAGUUGUGAACUCACCUCUCUCAGGCAUCAUAUCCAAGGUGUACGUUAAAACAGACAGCAGCUUGGAAGGAGAUGAUCUUAUUCUGGAAAUAUCUGAGUGAAGUUAAAAGGUAACAGAGGCUAGAUGUUGAAGAUGAAAGAGAAAGGGAAGGCAGAGCUAAGCAUAGCAAAGAACAGGUAGGAUUUAAUUUGUUUUUACUUUAUAAAUUAGUGAUCUUGUAUAAAUUGGUGAACUGAAGGUCAUUGCUAAAGUUUUUAGAUUAUUACAUUUUCCAAAUCUUUGAGUGUCUUACUGAGUUUAAAUAUUUCAGUUGUUAUUUGAUUCAAAGAAUAGAAGUUUAUAUGUGAAGUGGUGAUAGCCUGUAACCAGAAACUACAGAAGCCGUUAUGAUUCAUUCUUUGGUAUUCAGUCUUAGAUCUGUUAAUACACUGAGGACAGUGUUCGACUCCCACAAGUGUCUUAUGAAUUUAGACCUAUGACUUAAAGCCUCACAGCCACACAUGACAGCUAUAUACAAAGUCUUUUUAGUAUUAUUGUUUUAUAAUUGAAUAAAUAAUUUAUACAAAUUAGCAAGAUUCAUUAUGGAUUCUGAUGACAAUCUGAUGAAUUUAUUUAACAGGGUGUGCCAACGAGUGUGUAUGUUUGUGUGUUUGAGAUACAGACAAUGUUCAGUUUCUGUACAAGGUUUUAAGUGGAACAGCAGUUUCGUAUUAAUGUUAUGUCAGUUGAGCAUAAAAUCAAUUUAAAAAGGUCUAAAAUACACUGCCUGGCAAAAAAAAAAAAGUUGCCGUUUUGAUUGAAAUAAUGGUUUUGAU